AUGAGGCCGGCUCGAGUCGGCCAGCAGCCACCCUCUUUGCUGGCGCACUCUCUCCCCGUCUCUUCCCAUCCCAACGCCCACCAUUACGACCGCGCUAUCAUGGAAUUCACCUCACCCAUUCCGUUACCCCCAAUCCCUGACGAUGUAACUCUGCAAAAGUUUCUCAUGGAACUUGACCAUGUCGCAAAACCCCAUCGUGGUUUUGACAUUCCUUUGAUGAUUGACCCUGACACUGGGAGGAGGGUGACUUGGCAUGAAGUUCAAGACAGAUCCCUCCACCUUGCCAAUGGCUUGUUUCUCAAAUACGGACUCCGCCGAGAUGACGUUGUCCUCAUCGUCAGUCGCAACCAUGUCGACUUUCCAAUCAUCACAUUUGCCGUCCACAAGCUAGGCGGCAUCGUCUCCGGUGCAAACCCAGACUUCUCAGCCGACGAACUCUCCUAUAUAACUCAAGAAUCCAAAUCCACACUCCUCAUCGUCCAUCCUGACUGCCUCGACCGAGCAAUCCAAGCCGCGUCUAAAAACUCGAUCCCACUUCGGAACGUCGUUCUACUGGAAGCUGCCAGGAGUUCUUCGAUAAAGGGCAGCUUCGAAACCAUUGACGGGCUAAUCUCUUACAGCAAAUCUACGAGACUCAUCUCGUUCACUGAGAUCAAGUUCGCACCUGGCGAAGCGAAAACAAAGAUCGCUUGUCUGAGCUUUUCGUCUGGGACGACAGGUCGUCCAAAGGCCGUAGCACUCUCUCACUUUGGUCUCGUCGCCAAUGUGGUCCAAUUCUCCGUACACCAUAAGAUGAACCGAAAGGAUCUGCCACCCGACUCUGAAGAACGGAGAUACCGAGUAGGGGAUGUCGUUCUUGGGAUUGUUGUACCAAAAUUCGGCUUCACGGAUAUGUUGAAGAUCAUUCAGACAUACAGAGUUUCGCAUCUGUACAUUGUACCUCCAAUCGCACUUCUACUCUGCAAGGACCCAGCCGUGAAGCGAUACGACCUUUCGAGUAUUCGAUUUAUGCUUUCGGGCGCAGCGCCUCUCUCCCAUGAGCUACAGAAACAACUGCAAGAUACGUUCCCCCGUGCACACAUCGGUCAGGCCUUUGGUGAGUUUCUCAGCAUUCCGAUCAAUGCAAAGAGCACCUCCGCUCCCGUCGUGCUCGUGCAAAAGAAGCUCCCGCAAGUUCACUCAUACAUGUACUUCCACCCAGGAAUGACGGAAACAACCACGGCUGUUACCAUGUUCUCUAUCGAGAAUAGGUCAGGCGUGCCAGGAGGAAGUGGAAUUCUUAUGCCCGGCGUAACAGCGAGGGUUGUGAAACCCGAUGGAACGCUGGCUGGGUACGACGAGGUUGGCGAGAUUUGGAUCAAAUCACCCUCGAUUGCACUGCGGUAUACGAACGACAAGGAAGCGACGGAAGAGACGUUUGUUGAUGGGUGGGUCAGGACGGGAGACCAAGUUACGAUUGAUCGACAUGGGGAAGUACGUGUGAUGGAUCGACUGAAGGAAAUGAUCAAGGCACGUCUCCUCCCCAGGCAUCAAAUUGCCUCUCUUACCGUUACCACCGACAGGUCAAAGGCUUCCAGGUGGCACCCGCCGAGCUCGAAGGAUGUCUCCUAG